UGUGCAUCGGAAUCGGAUAGAUUGACAUCAGAAUGUUGGGAGACAACGCCGGGAUCAACGACCUGAACCAGUUGAACAUUUUACCUUCUUCUCAUGGAUCUGGGGAUCUCAAGUCCCCGUCGGAAACUGCGCCCUCGAAAAGGAUUCCAAAACCUAGAAAUGUGUUCACCUUGUCCAGUACGGCUCCACUUCUCUCGCAGGAAAAUGUGGCCAAGUUGGAGCAGAUAAAUAAUGCUGCUAAACAAUACAACAUUGGAGGUAACCACGACCAGGAUAAGAGCAAUCAUGUCGACGAGGGGGAGGUGGUGGUGGUGGUGCAAGAACUGGACUCUGCUUCCUCUGAUGAUUCAUCUGCCACAUCCAGCCGCACUACAAAACUGAACAAGAACAAUGCACAUCAUAGUUCGAUGGAAAACCUUUUCAAGCCCAAAAACCACAGAUCUAGCUGGUCUGGCAACAUGUCUGGCAACACCAGUGGCGGAGGCAAUGCUCGCCGGAAACGGUCAAACUGUUCUCGAUCCGAUAGCGAUCGCGAAAUGGUGGAGCGACUCACGGAAGAGAAUAUGAUGCUGAUUGCGGAUGUCGAGAAAAUUCGUCGCAAAAAGUUGCUCUUCAAAAUUGCAGGGUAUUUUUCACUCGCAGCAUUCCGGUCUCAACGACUUGCUUUGGAGGAGGUUCGUGUUGUAAAGGAUGCAAAAACGAUGGGGGCAGCUGCCCGAAUGAUUCUGCACAAUCUGCUUCUCAACUCGUGGAGAAAUAAUAAUAAGGAGCUCAAGUCGGUGUUGGAGGACAAUGCACAGCUCAAUAAGACUGUACGAAUAUAUGCAUUUUAA